UCAACAUGGUAUCAGAGCUCAUGGUUUAACUCCUUGCACGCUGCAACUCCGUGCUCGAUCCGCGCCGCCGGCGAUGAUCUUUCCAGCCGAUGCUGCUCCACUCCUUUCUUCCUCCUUUAUUCCACAAAAUUUAGUCCUUUUUCGGCCAUUCUAGAGCUCCAAAUCGAGCUCUUCCGUCCACUCCGUCGGGCUCUCCGUCCUGGUCGCCGCCGGCCAGCCUUCGUCUCGGCUAAGGCCGUUCUUGGCCGGAUCUCCUCGUCUGUGGCCGGAUCUACUGGCCAGGCUCCGCCCCGGCUGCCUCUGGCCGGCCGGCUGUCUCGUCCCGGCUGAGUCCGGCCCUGUCCCGCCCCCAAUCCGGCCCGGUCCAGCCUGGUCCGGCCUUCUCCGGCAGACCUGCACAAGGUCCGGCCUUCUCCUGCUUCUGCGUGCUGCUUUGGAGCUCGAACGUGAACACCUUGUUCCGUACGAGAGGCUGCUGUGUGCUGCCGUGAGUUGUUCCCCAGAUUCAGAUCUGGGUUGACCAAAAAAAAAAUGGCGUCUUCUGUGUCUGGCUAUGUCAGUAUUCCUCGCUGCCCAGUGAUCUUUGACGGCACCAACUAUGGGGAGUUUGCUGCCUUUAUGCGCAUCCACAUGCGUGGUCUUCGGCUGUGGGGUGUUCUUACCGGCGAGGUCUCUUGUCCGCCGCACCCCACUGCUCCUGUGCCUCCUACUCCGCCGUCCGUGCCACAGGCCCUGGCUAAGGAUGCUACUCAGGAUGAUAGGGAUGCAGCCAAGUCUGCUGAGGCUGCUGCUGAUGAGGCAUAUGAGGAGCAGGUACUUGCUUAUUCAGAGGCUCUUAGCUCUUAUCGUGACAGCUUGGCUACCUUUACUCAGUGGUGUGAUGAGGAUGCCAGGGCUGCCGCCGUUCUUUCUCAGAGUGUUCAGCCACAGUUUGCUUCUGAGUUUAUGGGUCUCGCCACUGUUGCCGAGAUGUGGUCUCAUCUUCGCCAGCGCUAUCAGCCUUCUGGGGAUUCUCUGUACUUGUCUGUUUUGCGUCAGGAGCAUGAUCUUCAGCAGGGUGACUCUACUGUUGAUGAGUUCUACACCCAGAGUGCGGCGAUCUGGCGCCAGCUUGACUCCCUUCGCAGUGUUGUCUGUGGUACUUGCCAGUGUUGCCGGACAGUACGUUCCGAUAUGGACUUUCAGAGGAUCCAUGAGUUCCUAUCUCGACUUCGCCCUGAGUUUGAGCCUCGUCGCGCUCAGUUGUUUGCUCGAGGCCGUGUUCCUAUCUCUGAGGUGCUGACUGAGCUUCGUGCUGAGGAGACUCGUCUGCGUGGUGCUGGCCUGCUUGGGACACCCUCUGUCCUUGCUGCUCGAGUUCCCACUGCUCCUGCACCGCCACUUCUUCCUACACUAGUGCCUGCUGCUCCUGGAGGAGCCCGCUCUUCUCGUGGUGGGGGUCGCUCUCGCCCUCCUCGGUUCUGCACUCACUGUCGGAGGUCUGGUCACCUUGAGUCUGACUGCUACCAGAAGCAGCGGGGUGUGCCUCCUCCUGCUCCACCCUCAGCGCCUGUCACCACCGGCUUCACUGAGCAGGAUAUAGUGAGACUUCAGCGUCUCCUUGCCUCCUCCGGCUCUGCUUCGACGGGUACUGCUGCCUCCGCGGCUAUUUCCUCUCCACCGACAGGACACUCACACUCGGGCCCUGGUUGGGGCUGGCCCUCGGUGCCGUGACUCCUAGGGACUUUGGGAGCUUGACUGGCUUCAUGUUCCUUCUUCCACCACUUCAUCGACAGCUCCAUGUGUGCUUGCUGCUUCCACCACCGCCUCCUUUCAGCAGUGGCACCAUCGUCUUGGUCAUCUUUGUGGUUCUCGCUUGUCAUCUUUACUUCGUCGAGGCCUUCUGGGGCCUGUCUCAGGAGAUGUCUCGCUUCAGGGUUGUCAGGGUUGUAGGCUUGGUAAACAGAAUCAGUUACCUUAUCCUACUAGUGCGUCUGUAUCUCAGCGUCCGUUUGACUUGGUCCAUUCUGAUGUAUGGGGUCCGGCUCCUUUUGCUUCAAAAGGGGGCCACCGCUACUAUGUUCUUUUUAUCGAUGACUUCUCUCGCCACACUUGGAUUUAUUUUAUGACUUCUCGUAGCGAGGUUCUCUCGAUAUAUAAGCGUUUUGCUACCAUGGUCCAUACUCAGUUUUCGACACCUAUCCGUGUCUUUCGGGCUGAUUCUGCCGGUGAAUAUAUCUCCCACCUGUUGCGUGGUUUUCUUGCUGAGCAGGGUACUCUUGCCCAGUUUUCCUGUCCUGGCGCCCAUGCCCAAAAUGGCGUGGCUGAGCGCAAACAUCGCCACCUGCUUGAGACGGCACGUGCGAUGAUGAUCGCUGCCUCUCUUCCUCCUCACUUCGGGCCGAGGCCGUGUCUAUUUCCACCUAUCUCAUCAACCUUCAGCCCUCCACAGCCUUGCAGGGUGGUAUUCCUCUUGAGCGUCUCACUGGUCACACUCCUGAUUACUCGACCCUUCGUCUUUUCGGUUGCGUUUGCUAUGUUCUUCUUGCUCCACGCGAAUGCACCAAGCUGAGUGCUCAGUCUGUUGAGUGUGUCUUCCUUGGCUACAGCCCUGAGCACAAAGGAUAUAAGUGUUGGGAUCCUAUUGGCCGUCGGAUGCGCAUAUCUCGGGAUGUCACUUUUGAUGAGUCCCGUCCUUUCUACCCACGUCCCUCCUCCUCUUCCUUCUCGGUGGAUGAUAUCUCUUUUCUCAUGUUCCCUGACUCACCUCCUCCUGUGCCUCCGGUCCCUGCCCUGCCGAGUAUCUCACCACCUUCUCCUCCUCCACCCGCCAGACCCCCCUCUCCUCCCUCACCACCGUCCCCACCCUCCACAUCUUCCCCUCCCAUGUCACCUUCCUCGACUACGGUCGUCACUCCCUACCCUUUUCACUACUCCCGUCGUCCCCGUGAGGAUGAUGCUGCUUCUCCUGAUACACCUUCUACCUCUACUGCGAUGCCCUCUCCGUCCGAGCCGACUCACCAUCUUCGUGCUCGUCCUCGUCCUCCUCCUGAUCGCUAUUCUCCCACUCACUACGGUCUUUCUGCUGCCCUCGAGCCGAGCUCUUAUCGGGAUGCCCUUGCUCAUCCUGAAUGGCAGCUAGCGAUGGCUCAGGAGAUUGCUGCUCUUGAGCGUACUGGCACUUGGGAUGUUGUCACUCCUCCUUCGUCUAUUCGUCCCAUCACCUGCAAGUGGGUCUACAAGAUCAAGACUCGCUCCGAUGGUUCUCUUGAGCGCUACAAGGCUCGACUUGUUGCUCGCGGCUUUCAGCAGGAGCAUGGCCGUGACUAUGACGAGACCUUUGCUCCAGUGGCUCACAUGACCACUGUUCGUACUCUUCUUGCCGUUGCUUCUGUUCGUCACUGGUCUGUCUGUCAGCUUGAUGUGUAGAAUGCUUUUCUUAACGGUGAGUUGAGUGAGGAGGUAUACAUGCAGCCACCUCCUGGCUACUCUGUUCCCGAUGGCAUGGCCUGUCGUCUCCAGCGCUCUCUCUAUGGCCUUAAGCAAGCCCCUCGCGCCUGGUUUCAGCGUUUUGCCU